AUGACCCCCCAAGAGAAGCUGGAGUGUCCUAUGCUGCGCUGCCGCAAGCGAUUUGCCAACCACGAGCUCAUGCUCCAGCACCUAUAUUCGUGUAGCUGGCUCUCCACGAGUGAGUAUUGGUGUUACGAAUGCGGGAAAUCCGAACGAUUCAACGAUUCCAAGUGCAAGCGAUGCCUGGGUCACCCAUCACGAAGAAAGAAGAUACUGUCCAUGGCAAAGAGCUUCUUCAACUCCCUCGGCCACAAACCUAAGAGCUCAGCUCUGGAGGAUCUUGACCUUGACAGUGAUAUCGGUGAAACUGAAGCACCACCCAGCUACGACCUCGCAGUGGCACCAAGUGAGCUCGAGCUACCUACGAAUGAGAUCCAUGAGAUUGGCUCCAGUGGGAUAGUUUUACAGCCCAUACUGGAGAAUGAGAACGAGGCAGAGAUAAGCCCGGCCCCCAUGCUCACCCCUUACACCUCAUCGCUGCCUACACAGCACCAGGCACAGACUCUGCCUGCUCACCCCGCCGAGCUCGAAUCAGAUGCAACCCUCAGCGACCCCCUCGAUUUCAUGCUGCCGCCAGGCACUGUUGUCCCUGUAAACCUCAUCGACCCCGGCUGCAACAUGACUUCCGUACGGCCCACCCUUCAGCUUCAUACAGAAGGUCUAGAAGAGUACCGCAGGGAACAAAAGAGACGCAGUAAGGGCCAGGUUGCACCUAGCACCUCGGUUCGCUCGACAGCCAGUACAAACUCCACGUCGAGCACAAAUACGACGGACACUACUUUCAGCAGAGAAAGCUACAAUAUCUCCCCCAUCUCAUCGUUCUCUGAUCAAUGGGCAAGUGCACCAGUCUUCGACUCAGACUUCUCCUCCACUGAGAAUGACUUUGGAAGCCCAGGAGGCCUCCUCAGGACGAACUCGUUCGCCAUAUCUCACAAGGCACCCGCAGCCAAGGGCUGGAACUCGCUCGAAAACGAGGCAGUCAUGUCCUAUGACUCCCAACCGACUGAACUCCCCACAAACAUCCACAUGCUUGAUGCCUUGCCUGCCACUAAGUCUGAUACUACGAAUCUCAACCAGCCCGCUUUCGCAUUGGAUGACUCUUUCCUUUCCUCUACUUUCGACCUCGAUGCAAACAUUGCCCUCAUCGACAAUAAUGUCACGAUGCCACCAUCCCUCCAUCCCAUACCACCUCAACCGAAGGCCGAGUCCUAUCAUAACCCUCGGUCUCUGAUCAGCACGGCAUGGAGUACUCUUCAGAUGCAUGUCGCUGGCUCUCUGACCAAACUUCACCAUAUCACCAAGAACCACCUUGUCAUACAGCUCAGAAAUCUUACGGCUCCAGUGAUAGCUACAAAGGGACUCGAAACUCUCAUGGAUAUCAUCGAAGGUCGACAGCCGACUGUUCCCACCGAUGUCCUCUGUUUUGUUCACUUGGUCUACUGUUUCUCACUUAUUGUUCACGAGCAAGACGCUGCAAACAGAUCUUCCGAUCUUUUUGUUCAAGCGAUGUCGUACAGCGCCUUGUUUUCACGUCAAGAUUGCCAGCUGUACAUACAGAUUGUCGAAACUCUGUGGAAGCCAGCUGAUAUGAGCAAUGCUGACCUCGUGAACUUGGUUCGAGCCAAGACAUCAUCAAUGUCACCCUCGCCUGGCUCGAAGGGUAAAGGAACCGAGUCAGGAAACAUGAUCUCCGCCAGUGUCGACUCGCUAGCGUUUUUAGCAAUGUAUUUCUUAGACCAACUGGAAAUUGCUACCAUCCAUAUGGUAGACGACACAGAAGUUCUAUCAUCUGAUCUCUUUUUGGGCCACUGCAAUAGCCUAGACAGGGCGCACAUGGAUUCGACACAAACCAUGACUGCAAAUCUCGUACUCAAGCACAACUUUCAACUCUAUACUCAUUAUCAAGCCUUUGCAAAUGAUCUGGACAACAUCGCUCGUCGCACCAACUCGGAGCAGAUGCUACCACGGCGCUUAGAACUCGAGCUUAUGGAGUGUGGAAAGAUGUACCUACCUCCAGACGUUUACUUCGACGGCUAUAUCCACUUUGUUCGAGAACAGAUGGAUUCUAUUUAUUGCACAGCUACACCAGGAGGCUCUUACCGGGCUUUCUAUUACCGGCAAUGCAUUGAGCUUAUCAAGACUGUUAUUGGUGCCCCGUUACAAUCGAUGUCUGAGCACGCAGUUCAAAACAGCUCAGUGACGCAGGAUGGCUUUGAUGAUAUCGAUGAAUACUUCAAUGUCAUGUCGCCGAACAACUUCAAUUUUAGCUCGGUUGGCCCAUUUGAUGCAGGGCAACCUUUGGACUUCUCAUGCCUGCCGAACACAAUUGAUCCUGGCACCUUGAACCCGCUACCACUUCCUACGCCUGCAGACACGAAUUCGGUGCAGGCAACUUCAACGGCCGCAAAUUCACCUCCUUCUCCAGCUCCAGCAGCAUCCUCCUCCUCAUCAACAGCAAAAAUCAGGUCGGACAGUAGUUGCAAACUGUGCGGAUAUACACCUGAAGGUGAUCCUCGAUGGUUCAGCGGCAGUAUGGCCAAGCACAUGAAACUACAACACUCAACAAAACCUCCCACCAUCUACCGCUGUCCAUAUCCCGGCUGUACAAGUCAGUACAAGAAUAGACCAGACAAUUUGCGCCAACACCAGAUAGAGAAGGGUCACUUUCUAGAGGGACAAGACGUUGUAAAGCGAUCGAACAAGCGACGCAAGAUCGAGUGA